AUGCCCUCCCUCCCCGACGCCAGCGGUGGCGGAAGCCGAAGCAGCCCGCUGCUCUGGCGCAUCCUGAAAAUCUUCCUUCGGCCCUUUCGCGGCCCCGUCGAUCGUGCCCGUCGUGCCUUUCGCGCUGCCGCAUACCCUAUCCAAGGCAUAUACUACUUUUUGCGCCAUCCCGAAUUCUAUCCCGUGUUCCUAGGCCGCCUACUCCCGUUGUCCAUCAUCUCGUUCCUGGUGUAUCUGAUCCUGUUUACCUUUGCCUUUAUUCCCCAGCUGCUGUUCUUGAUGAUCUUCCAGGGAAAGGCCGGGGCUUGGUUCAAUGCGAUAGUGCUCGUGCUGGGAGAGGGCCAUGUGGUGAUCCAGGCUCUGUUUGAAGGCUUCUUUGUCGACGAGGCCCAAGUGGAUAUCUUUGACGCAACGCUAAUAAACCACGGACUGACCGACCUCGUUGCGCCCCAUCGUCUGCUUUUCCCGGAUGCGCCCACGUCGGUCAAGAUGUUGGGCAAGCCCACCACCAAGGCCGAGUUCCAACCCUUCAGCCUGAAACAAAUCAUCGAGCUGAUCGUCUUUCUCCCGCUCAACCUGAUACCGUACGGUGGCACGGUUGCCUUUCUCAUGAUUACCGGUUCUCGGUACGGGAAGCUGUCGCACCACAGAUGGUUCCAGCUGCGAGGGUUGAGCAAGCAGGAGAUGAAGCGGGAACGCAGCUAUUGGUCGUGGGAGUACACGUGGUUUGGAACCGUAGCGAUGGUCCUCCAGCUGAUACCCGUGCUGAGCUUCUUCUUCCUCUUGACUACCAGCGCUGGAGCCGCCUUGUGGGUAGCAGAACUGGAGCAGAGGUCGCGGGUCAGAGUUGGACGGCCCGUCACUGCCAGCGACCAAGCGACUCGAAACCAGCCAGACGAGCCUGUCUACCAUGAUGGUAUCUACCAUGACGAUCCGGUAUAGAUUAUGGACUGGCAUAAGCAACAGACGUAGUGCUUAGUAUGUUUCUUUUCCCUGGCCAGCGAAUGCCUCGUUGUGCUUUUAGGUACCCAAAGUCUAUCACUGAAAGGCC